UCGUUGUUGAUAAGAGAUGGCUCGUGCUUGUAUAGACGCACAGUGGUGUUUAUCAACACCGACGACGUACCUGCGCCCGACUCGCGACUAGGCGAUCUUGUGCAGAAUGAUAUAGAAGCCUCCAUGGUGCAUCAGCUCGUUGAAUCCUUGAUCGCAUCCGGCGUCAACGAAUCGGCACUGGGCGUCAUCAGCCCGUACCGCUCCCAACUGAAGAUUAUCCACCAUUUGCUUAAGCAUCGCACGAACUUGGCGAUCCAUACCGUGGACAAGUUCCAGGGGAGUGACAAGGAGUGUGUAGUGAUUUCGCUGGUCAGGUCCAACCCGAAGCAGAAUUUGGGAGACUUGAUCCGGGACUGGCGCCGAAUCAAUGUUAGCUUCACUCGUGCGAAGAAGAAGCUGGUCAUUUUUGGAUCCAGGUCGACGCUCGAGGGGACAGCUUUGUUUGCCGAAUUUCUGAAUAUCAUUGACGAGAAGGCGUGGGAACUCAAACUGCCCAUCGGAGCCCACGACAUGCAUAUCAUCCCGCCUGCGGACGAUACACCCAGCGCCAUUGUGAAGCAGACAGACAGCGUCAACAUCGAAACCGGCCGCCACAGCAUUGACAAGAAGCAAGCAACGGUCACUCGACUCAAGACAAAAACGGCCACCAUGCACACCAAGAAGACCCGUCAAAGCGUACUGGGCAAUAAUAUCGCGGGCGCCAUCGCUUGAACCCUCCACAACGACCAAGUUUCAACGGAAUGGAAACCAGAGCGUACUAUCAUUAUCUUUAUUACCCCCCUACAUGCGCCGGUAUCUCGACCCAUUAUUCGCGCGUACUGAGGAACGCCGUAUGUCACAUUUUUGGGAACCCCAAUGUUGAAUAUCUCCACAUAUUCGAAGAUAUAUACCCCCCCUCAAUUUUGUAAGUGAA